AGAGAAAAAAAAAGAAGACGAAAGAACGCCCAGGUGGAGGCUUCGCUCAUUUGAAUGGGGGCGUCAAACUAGCGCGCAAGGAUUUACAGUCGCAACGCACGCACGCACGCAGCUGCAGGAUUACGCAUCGGGAGUUUAUACAAGGACAUCUGGCCCACGGAACCACCAACCCCCCACUCACCAUGACCAGGGCAUCAGUAACGGUCCUCUGCCUUGCGCUCCUUCUUUCCUGUGCUUGUCGGGCCAAGCCGAAUGGAUCAAAAGGCAAGAAACCCAAGCAAGUGGUUCCAGCCAUUGAGUGCGAUGUCAGAGCCGGAAAGAUCAGCCUCCCUGAAUUCAUAGUCAAAUGCCCCUCGAGCUGCCGAGAGACCAAGCAGCAGGUGUACGGCACAGGUGUGUUUGCCUCCAUCUCCAGCAUCUGCAAUGCCGCCAUCCACAGUGGCGUCAUCACCAAUUCCGGAGGGAAGGUGAUCGUGAGGAAAAUGGCAGGCCAGAACAUCUACAAAGGCAGCAACUCUAAUGGCGUGCGUUCCCUGUCACUUCCGAAAUGGAGAGAAUCCUUUGUCGUCACAGAGGGGAAACCCAAGAAGGGCGUGAUCUACCCAUCUACCCUCGACUUUGUUCCUUCAAGACCAACCUAUCUGAAGACAGGUCAAAAGGACAAAGCCCCCGCGGUUACCACUCCGCUUCCCACAACAGCGCCCCCUGAACCCACCGUGACGACACCUGAACCUACCACCGUCAUCCCCACCACCCAGGCUCCGGUGACCACCACGACGCCUCCCUCUCCACCGCCCCCUACCACGCUCAAACCCCGCGCUGUCGUGCACAAAGUCAGAGAUGCAGGCAGCAGUCAUCCAUACCUUGCCUCUGUUGCAGCCGCCAGUUCAAGACAAUCACAGAGUGCUCAAGACAAGAGCCCCACCCAAGUAUUCCGUGGGAGUGCUUAUCCAAAUAGAUACCCACAGCGUGCCAGUUCAGGUCUGCGCAGACCAGAGGGAGGUUCGCCUAUGCGGAGACAGUCCUCGUCUCCGGUUGGGCCAGUUUUUAACAGAGGUCAGCCAAUCCCACAGGAGCGGACUCCAAUCACAAGUCGCUCCAGUCCUGUUUUUCCCAGGAGGGAUUGGGCCCCUCCGACCUUCCCCCGUCCCGAAUGGUUCCCUGGAGCCAGACGAUCUUCAGAUGUUAUUUAUGCGGCACCGGACUCAGGAUAUACGUGGAGCGAGGCGGACAUUCCGGAGAUGGCAGCUCAGGAGCACAGGCCUGAUAUCUCAGACUUUGAGCGCUGGUAUUAUAACUUUGGAUCGUACCUGUCGCGAUCCGCCGACUUGGAUGGCGACCGCCAAGCGCCGCUGGAUACAACCCAAACGAGAGUGGAGACAGUAGAUGAAUGGAGGCCAGAUGGAAAGCUUUAUGAAUCAGGCUUCAACAUGAGAGAGCAGGCGCCUGCACCCAGAGCACCUGAACCUUCAUCCCAGGGAGACCCGGACUGUAAGGUGGACCUCGUCUUCCUGAUGGACGGAAGCUGGAGCAUCGGUAAGCGGCGUUUUAAGAUCCAGAAGGACUUCCUGGCCGAGGUGGCUCAGGUCAUCAACGUCGGCAUGGCCGGGCCCAUGAUGGGCGUCAUUCAAUAUGGGGACGACCCAGUGACGGAGAUCAACCUCAAGAGUUACUCCAACUCCCGAGACGUGAAGACGAGCAUCGGGAAGAUUGCGCAGAAGGGAGGUCUCUCCAAUGUGGGCAAGGCCCUCUCCUACGUCAACAAGCUCUACUUCAGCGAUUCCAACGGGAACCGAGGAGGAGCUCCCAACGUUGCCGUGGUGUUGGUGGACGGCUGGCCCACGGACAAGGUGGAGGAGGCUUCUCGGCUGGCUAGGGAAUCUGGGAUCAAUAUCUUUUUUGUCACCAUUGAGGGCGCCGACGACAACGAGAAGCAAAACCUAGUGGAGACCAAUUUCGUAGACAAGGCUGUGUGUCGCACAAAUGGCUUCUUCUCCUUGCCCGUGUCCAGCUGGUUCGCUCUGAGGAAAACGGUCCAGCCUCUGGUGAAGCGACUGUGCGACACAGACCGACUGGUCUGCAGCAAAACCUGCCUCAACGCCAACGACAUCGCCUUUGUCAUCGACGGCUCCAGCAGCGUGGGCACUGGCAAUUUCCGCACGGUGCUCCAGUUUGUGGCCAACAUCACGCGGGAAUUCGAGAUCUCCGACACGGACACGCGGGUGGGCGCCGUGCAGUACACCUACGAGCAGAGGCUGGAGUUUGCCUUCGGCCAGCACAACUCCAAGGCUGAGCUGCUCAACGCCAUCAAACGCAUCGACUACUGGAGCGGAGGCACCAGCACGGGCGCUGCCAUCACUUACGCCGCCGAGCAGCUAUUCAGCAAGUCCAAGCCCAACAAACGCAAAAUUAUGAUCGUUAUCACAGAUGGACGCUCCUAUGAUGAUGUCAGAGCACCUGCACUGGCUGUCCAUAGUCAAGGUGUGAUCGCCUACUCGGUCGGCAUCGCCUGGGCCGCCCAGGACGAGCUAGAGUACAUUGCCACUGACCCUGACAAGGACCACUCCUUCUUUGUGGAUGAAUUUGACAACCUGUACAAAUUUGUGUCCAAAAUCACCCAAAACAUUUGCCAAGAGUUCAACUCCCAGCCAAGAAACUGAGGACCAGCGUCGAAGUGGGUGAAACGUGGCAGGCUCUCCUGACCGAACACUGACUGUAAAUUUCCUCUUGCUGUUGCCCACAUGGGCCACAUUAGCCGCAGCCCCUCCUAUUGGAACAGAGGGGCACUGUUUAUUUAGGUGAGGAUGGUGGGCUCACCACGGAACAAAACUUCGAGAAUCAGUAUUUGUUCCCAAAUCUCCCAGUGGUGCUAAUGAUAAAGAUUGACACAGUAUGUGCUACUUGUUGUCUUUUGACUGCCUUAAGAAAGCAGCAUUUUCCUAAUCCUGUGACGCUCUCUAUACAUAUUAUCACUCAACUCAAGCAAUACAAAAUGUACUUUUCACUUAUUGUGCACAAAGUAGUUGCCCGAAUCCCUCCCAGCCUUAUCCUUUAUUAUGGCAAAAACAUCAUCUUCUUUGUGCUGCAAUGACAAAUCUAUGCAAAUUUUUUACAGCCACCUUUGUGCACUGUUUUUUUGCAUAAAUAUUCCUCACUACUCGCAACUACAGUUACUGAUGCCGCUUCAAUAACACUAUCAAAUGCAUUUGAAUCUGCCAGCAGUUCAGUUCAAAAAGUGAAAGUCAAUAUGGAUGCAGGUACAUCAAAUAAGAAAAUAAAAGUCAAUUGAAUGUAAUGAAAAGGAUAGCUCCCAUCGAAUUUUUAUUGCUAAUUUUGAUUUUUCUUAGGUAAUAUCCUAAUCUCUUGUGAUGGUUAAAUUGGGGAUUUUCUUUAGAUGCAACAUAUAAUCAAAGUAUUUCACUGUUUUCCAUCUUCAGAAUCUAAGUUUCACUUUUUGAUUUGAACAACUGAAAGUUAACGGUCAACAUUAUUGUAGUUUUAAUUUGAAUGAAUCGCGAUGUAUACCAGCGUAAUCUGUGAAGCAUCACCAAGGCAAACUGUUCCUAGCUGGUGUUUUUUUUUUUUUUUUUUUUUUUAAAUUUGCUACCAAAAUGUAAUGCUCCAGUAUCUUAUUGGGAUGUGGUUCUUAAACAGAAAGGAAAAAGUAGACUUUUGGCACACACGGCACUUCCUCUCAUAGCUACUUUGUGCUUUUUCGCAAGUGGUGCAUUUUCUACCUAACAGAAGAGAUUUAUUUAGUAGUGAGACUGUGUUGGUUCCUUUUUUUUGUAUCAUGUUGGCGGGAAAGGUCUUUGGAAAGAGGCUUUUAUGCACUGCAUGAAUGAUUUUCUUAACAGUGUGGUUGGUUUUAAACAUCUUUUGUCAAAAAGAGUAUUUAUGAUCGUCUCUCUAUUUGUACAUAUCCAGAUCAAAGCCUUGGCUUGUGAUUAUCUUCUCGCUUUUAUUUUUGCAACUUUUGA